AUGAUUCCUUCCAAACAAACCCUACCAGCUGAUCACUCAAACUGGCCUGAAAGGAUGUUGCUUAGGGAGGGCGAUGGUACCGUACAAAGGUUUUUGUUCAAAUCCGAGGCAAUAUCCACCCUCAAAGCUAAAGCAACUAGUGAACGGGUGCCUAACCCAACUCGUGUCGAAGCAAUAUCAGGAUUCAUUUGGAAACAUGCUAUGGCUGCAUCAAAAGCAGUCUGGGGUAUGCAACAGCCAUCCAUGUUGAGUCAUCAAAUGGACUUGAGACGGAAAAUAUUUGAGCCAUCAUUGUCAAAGUAUUCUAUUGGGAAUUUUACAUGGAAAGUAGUUGCACACUACUAUCCAUUUGCUGAAAAAGUAGAAGAAGAAGAAGAAAAGAUCACGUCAUUGGAUGGCUUGGUGGGUUUACUAAGAGCGGCAAUAGAGAAAACAAGAGAUGACAUUCUGCCAAAGCUACUGCAAGGAGAUGAUGGGGGGUAUGACGUAUUUAGUAAGUUUGUCCAAGACUUAAGAGAAACUUGUCAGAGUAAUAAAAAUUUAAAUCCAUACACGUUUAGCAGUUGGUGCAAAAUUGGUUUCAAUGAAGUUGAUUUUGGGUGGGGAAAACCUACGUGGAUUAGUCCUGCUGGGACCGGAAGAGUUAAUUCAAUUUAUAAGAAUACUGUUGUUUUGAUUGAAGCUGGAUUGGAUGAUAGAAUUGAAGCCUGGUUGACCUUGGAUGAGCGCGAAAUGGCUGUACUGGAACAUGAUGAAGAGUUCCUUGAGUUUGCUUAUGUGAACCCAGCUGUAAUUUUGCCCUAG